AUGAUGGCCAUGUCGGGCUUUUCCAUGUCGCCGGCUGCACCGUCCUUGCUACCGCCCUCCCCACACCCGCGACCACAGCGUCAAUCGCCAGCGCCUGCUUCCUCCUCCUCUGCUUCUUCUUCUGCUGCUUCUGCGUCGGCGACAGGGACGACACCCGGACGCGUGAGAGCGGCAAGUGGGCUGGCCACCCGCGCAGCCUCUGCGUCAGGUACACAGAGCAGCGUGCGGAAGGACGAAGCAGAGGAGUACGACAGCGCCACCUCGGAUGAAGACGGUGCGUUGGACGAUUUGGAUGAGGCAGACCUGCUUCGAUCGCAGCCGUCAGCGGCGCGAAAUCCUUCGCCGCACACGCCAGCGAGAAGAAGAAGAACAAGAUCCCCACCACGGCAGCCACUGUCAAGGGAGGUGGGCUCACCUCGAAAGGAGCAAGGCUCAUCUGCAAAGCAGCCCAGGAGGGCGAGGGAGGCACCUCCUUCUCCCCACUCCAAGCAUCCUGAUCAACAGCUCAAGAAGAAAAAGAAACACCUCGCACAACACAGGCCAGCAGAGCACAAGCGCCCACAUCGAUUUCAGAUCAAGCACGAGUCUCUCAUGGCCAUGACAGAGGAGGACAUGAUUGCGCAGGCGAAGCGAGCGAGCCUUCGCGACGCCUAUCUUCACCGCCCGCCAGCCGCUGCGAAGCGGGGCGCUCGCAUGGUGCCCGCACACGAGGCUGACCAUGAAGACGACGAUGAUGAUGGCCGCACUGGAGACCAACGUGCUGGCGAUCAUACUGUAACGGAUGAUGAGGACAUGCUGCUGCAAAUUGCACUCGCACAGUCCCUGCAAGAGAAGUGA